AGCACACGCAGCCGUGGCAUACACCCUUCAGCUGCGCCAGUCAUAGAACUUCACAGCACAUACACGCAUAUAUACACACACGCUGCAACGGCGGUAGAUCGAGAAUAACAGCUGUCCUUUUUUCCCCUGUUUUUGUUUGUUUGUCGGCACACGUCACGCCGUUGGCGGCCUUCUGCUCCCUCACGCAGAACUACGUCGUUCUCUCUUUGGCUUCUUUGGGCACAGCACAACGUCGUUGCGCUUCCUUAUUAUUAUAUUAUACUAUUAUUAUAGAAGUCACGAAACAACGUAAUACCCCCUAGAAGCGAAGAUGCAGUCGGAUCUUGGUGUGGUGCAGGUCACCAACUUCCACGGCAGCGGCACCAUCACCGCCGAUGGCUACGGGGGCGGCGGCAGCGUUGAUGGCGACAGCGAAGUCGGAACUGAUAUUCGGCUCCUCGCGAAGGAGUUCAUCACGCAGUUCCGCAUUCAUCACGCCUUCCUGUAUAUGGACAUGUUGCGCAAGAACCUCUCGGCGGGCCUGCAUUACGUGGAGCUGCAGCUGUCACACCUGCAGCAAUUCAGCGGCGUCCUCUUCGGCGCCGUGCAGCACAACCCGACUCGCGCUCUGCCCUUGAUGGAGCACGCCGUCUGGGAACUCGCGCAGGAGCGAAAGUUGUUUCCGUCCUACUCGCGCGAAACCACCAUUCAAGUGCAGCUCUUCUGGGCGGUGCCGCCGAUGGCGCUGCGCAGCUUGGCGCAGGCCACCGUCGCCCAGCUUGUCUGUGUGAGCGGGAUUGUCGUAAAGUCCAGCUCGACCCACGCCCGGUGUGUGCGGGCUGCCAUUCAGUGCACGAGCUGCCGUAGCAAGGCGUACAUCAGUGGUGGCCGUUCCAUCGACCUGCCGCCGCAGUGCAUGGAAAACGGCGGACGAGGCGGCGGCGGCGGUGGUGGCGCCGCAACUGGUAGUGGUGGAAUGAGCAGUGGUGCAUCCACGGGUAAAUGCCGGCCAAAUCCCUACGUGCUGCUGCCCAUGGAGUGCGAGUACGAGGAUCAGCAAAUUAUUAAGCUGCAGGAGUUGCCGGAGGACGUGCCGACCGGUGAGCUGCCGCGGCACUUAACGGUGGUGGUCGACCGCUACCUCGUCGACCGUGUCAGCCCGGGUUCGCGCGUGCAGCUCGUCGGCGUCGUGUCCGUGCAGGAGAAGCGGGGUGGGUUCGACAACACGCGUGGCGGCGGCAAAGGCCGUGCAGCUGCCGGACUGCGUGCGCAGUACCUCCGCUGUGUCGGCUUGAUGUUCCACAGCACGCAGGACGCCAGCUGUGCCGUGGUGAGCGUGAACCAAAACUUCUCCUCGCGGGUGCGCUCCCGCUCGACCAUGACCUGGCAGCCAGAAGAAGAGGCGUCCUUCAAGGCGUUUGCGAAGAAGGGCAACGUGUUUGCGAAGCUGUCCGCCAGCAUCGACCCCGCCAUUUUCGGCUUAGAAGACCAAAAGAAAUCCAUUGUGUGCCUGCUCUUUGGUGGCACUCGCAAGCGAAACGGCAGCAACUUUCUGCGCGGCGACAUGAACGUUCUGUUCAUCGGCGACCCGUCGACGGCGAAGUCACAGCUGCUGAAGUUCGUGGAGAAGGUGGCCCCAAUUGGGAUUUACACCUCUGGCAAAGGCAGCAGUGCCGCCGGUCUCACCGCGUCCGUCAUCUCGAACGGCAACGGGGACUUUGUGCUGGAGGCGGGCUCGAUGGUGCUGGCGGACGGCGGCGUCGUCUGCAUUGACGAGUUCGAUAAGAUGCGCGAUCAGGACCAGGUCGCCAUCCACGAGGCGAUGGAGCAGCAGACCAUCUCCAUCGCCAAGGCGAACUUAACGACGAUGCUGAACAGUCGCACCUCGGUGCUCGCGGCCGCCAACCCCACGUUGGGCAGCUACGACCCGCUGCGCUCGAACGAGGACCAGAUGGACUUCCAGAGCUCGAUCUUGUCUCGCUUCGACCUUAUCUUUAAAGUGAUCGACCCUCGCAACCCGGAGCUGGAUCAGCGACUGGCGCACCACGUCAUUGGGCUGCACAAGAGCGCCAACGGUAACAGGAAAGGCGGUGCUGCUGGUCGGGGUGCGACCGCCGCCUCUCCCGCCGCGUCGUGGACGGCGCACGGCAGCGUGGACCUCGUGGAGCGUGGCUUCUUCACGAAGUACAUCUCUUACGCGCGUGCCACCUGCCGCCCCAUCAUCUCCGAGGAGGCGAUGAAGGUGCUGCUUGACUUCUACGUGCAGGUGCGCCGCGAUGCGCAUCAGCGCACGUUGGAGGCCAUUGGAGCGAUGGGCAGCAAUGGCAACAACGGUGGUGGUGGUGGUGGUGGGUCGAGUAGUGGUAAAACACCGAUUAUUCAAAUCACCGCCCGCCAGCUCGAGAGCUUGGUUCGCAUCACCGAGUCGCUCGCCCGCAUGCGACUCGAUGUCCUGGCUAGCCGCAGUGACGCCGAGGAGGCGAUCAAGCUCUUCAAGAUCGCCACCGUCGACGCCAUCAAAAGCGGGGUGGCGGACCAGACGCUAACGGAGGCGCAGAGUGAGUUGGUGCUGCGAGUGGAGGAAGCCAUGCGUCGACGCGUCGCGAUUGGCGCGACGGUGGAGCAUCACCGUCUUUUAUCAGAGCUGGCCCGCAUGGGUUUUGACGCGAAGCUGGUGGAGCGUGCGUUGUACGCGAUGGUGAAGCGCGAGGAGCUGGAGUGGCGGAAGCAGCGCACUCUCCUGCACCGCGUGCGAUGA